UGCAGCAGCUGAGGAACCCUGGAUUUCAUAUUACAGACUAAAACCCUGGUAAAACUGCUCAAAAUCCUUCCUGCAGCUGCCAGGCAACAACGACAGAGAGUUAAAUCCUGUUCUUCUCCAAUACAAUUGAAGCACUCCAUUCUAGCUCUGGCUGCUUUUGAUUGCAGCUCAGUGUUCUUACUAGAAAUAUGGAUACUGAGAAGAGAAUACAGCACUGCAUUGUCCGGCCAGGAAAACAGCAGAUGUAAAAAGCUUCAAUGCAUCAACUGUCAGCAAGAGUCGACAGUGCUCCAAACAGAACGAACCACCACAGCUCUUUUGUUUAAAGAAAGAGAAAGAAAAUGAAAGAAAGGAAAAACCUCAGAAGACCAGGACCCAUAUGAACAAGAAGGGGAACUCGAAGACAAGCAGACAGAUGGACACUCUGGACACUGUGAAAGGCAAUCGCAGGAGGCAGACUGCUGGGGGAGGUGCGCAUGUUCGAUAGCAUCUUGGCUGAAGUGACGGCGUGCCAAAAGUAUCUUCAGUGGGCAUAACCCUCGCCACAUAAAUGCCUGACCAAGGAAGGUGCGUCUUCUCACUGACUUUCUCGACACAGUAGGGGCCAACGGAAACACGCCAAGCAGUGUACUGUGACUAGCAAAACUCUGCCAUAAUCAACCGUGCACCGUCUGUCCCACAACUGAUACAUGACCAUUUUACAAAAAAGGCCGCUGACUGUGCACCAUACCACCAACGAAUGACUGCGAGGGAGACGACGUGACUGCAUUAGAAAAUGAUUACCAAAGAACAGUACUGAUUCAGGAGAAGAACACAUUCUCAGCCACCGAUCUCUCUCAUCCACUACUGGAUAUUUACAACAUGCUUCAGUGGAGAAGAAGACACUGCUGCCUUGCAAAGAUGAGCUGGAAUGCCAAAAGGUCUCUGUUCCGCACCCAUCUUAUUGGUGUACUUUCUCUCGUGUUUCUUUUUGCUAUGUUUUUGUUUUUCAAUCAUCAUGACUGGCUGCCAGGCAGAACUGGAUUCAAAGAAAACCCUGUGACAUACACUUUCCGUGGAUUUCGUUCUACAAAAAGUGAGACAAACCACAGCUCUCUUCGGAACAUUUGGAAAGAAACAGUCCCGCAGACUCUGAGGCCUCAAACAGCAACUAACUCCAAUAACACAGAUUUGUCACCACAAGGAGUUACAGGGCUGGAGAAUACACUCAGUGCCAACGGAAGUAUUUACAAUGAAAAAGGCACUGGACAUCCAAAUUCUUACCAUUUCAAAUACCUUAUCAAUGAACCUGAAAAAUGCCAGGAGAAAAGCCCUUUUUUAAUACUACUAAUAGCUGCAGAACCUGGACAGAUAGAAGCUAGAAGAGCUAUUCGGCAAACUUGGGGCAAUGAAAGUCUAGCACCUGGUAUCCAAAUCACACGAAUUUUUUUGUUGGGUGUAAGUAUUAAGUUAAAUGGCUACCUUCAACGUGCAAUACUGGAAGAAAGCAGACAAUACCACGAUAUAAUUCAACAGGAAUAUUUAGAUACAUACUAUAAUCUGACCAUUAAAACACUAAUGGGCAUGAACUGGGUUGCCACAUACUGUCCACAUAUUCCAUAUGUUAUGAAAACUGACAGUGACAUGUUUGUCAACACCGAAUAUUUAAUACUUAAGUUACUGAAGCCAGACCUGCCUCCUAGACAUAACUAUUUUACUGGUUACCUAAUGAGGGGAUACGCACCCAACCGAAACAAAGACAGCAAGUGGUACAUGCCACCAGACCUCUACCCAAGUGAGCGCUAUCCUGUCUUCUGUUCCGGGACUGGUUAUGUUUUUUCUGGAGAUCUGGCAGAGAAGAUAUUUAAAGUUUCUUUAAGCAUCCGUCGUUUGCACUUGGAAGAUGUAUAUGUAGGGAUCUGUCUUGCCAAGUUGAGAAUUGAUCCUGUCCCCCCUCCCAAUGAGUUUGUGUUCAAUCACUGGCGAGUUUCUUAUUCAAGCUGUAAAUACAGCCACCUAAUUACCUCUCAUCAGUUCCAGCCUAGUGAACUGAUAAAAUACUGGAACCAUUUACAACAAAAUAAGCACAACGCUUGUGCCAACGCAGCAAAAGAAAAAGCAGGCAGGUAUCGCCACCGCAAACUCCACUAGAAAAGACAACUUUUUUUUUUUUCCCAAACGUGCAAUCUGUAAAAUAUUGCUAAAAGCAUGUAUAGUUAAAACUGAUCACAUCCAUAGGACAAGUUUUAGUUAAAACUCAUGGCAUAAAGGAAUCCAAAAAUAUUUUUUUAAUUUCUGAAGAAGGUAAUUCUUAAAAACACAUGAUAUAACAAAAAGGUAUCCCAAACAAUCUACUAAAAAUCCACAUAAGGGGAUUCUGUGUAUUAACAUGCAAUAACAGGCGUGCAUACAUCAAUGGUUCAACUCUUACGUUAGGGGCCAAGAAGGUGUAUUUGCAUAUGUUUUCCACAUAAAUUUUAAUUUAAGAAAUGGAUACAGUCAAAAGACCCUUCAUUUGGGAUUCAGUUUUUCAUUUCAAUAUAUAAUUAAAUGUAAAUAAAACAUUAUUGUCAAUUUUAAGGAAACUUUAUAAUUGUGCAAAGGACAAAUUUUGACCUAUUCUAGGGUUCUAAAAACCAUAUUCCAUGCAAUAAGAUUUAGUUGAAUUAUUCCAUAAACAUAUUUAUAAAGUUCAGAUGUUUCAUCAAUGCAGUUCUCAUCUAAGU